UGCACCACUCCACCUCUUCCACCGUCGCCUCGAGGCCCUUUGGAGAAGGAGCCGUGCCCCGAAACGUCGCCCAGCACGGUGAAGCUACUAACAGCACUUGCCCCUACAUCCUGCUAAAGGCUACACGGGGGACCUUUGUCUGUCUCCUUCAUAGACGUGUGUGUGUGCACUUAGCCUGGCACGGACGCUGUGUAUUGGUGAAAUGUCCUCUGCGCCCACAUCAAGAAAUAGUAGAAAGGGACUGAAGUAUAAGUCCCUUAGUCUGCGGGACAAAUCCAAAGUUUUGGACAGAAUUGAUGCGGGUGUGCCAAUGCGUAUGGUGUGCGAAGAGUUUGACAUAAAAUCGAGCACCUUUUACGACAUCAAGAAAGGCCGGGAGAAGAUUAGGAAGCACGCCUUAACCUUGGAGGAUCCUAGCGGCUCCAAACGGGUACAGAAGAGGAUCAAGGCCACAAAGUUUGUCGACCUGGAUAGUGCAGUGUACAAGUGGUACAAACAGGAGCGUGCAGCUGGCGUUAACGUUCGCGGCGUGGACAUUCGACAUGCUGCAGUACACCUGGCGCAGUGCCUGCGUAUUCAAGACUUCAACGCAAGCGCUUCUUGGCUGUUCAACUUUCGAAGUCGCCACUGCUUGGGAAACCGCCAAGUUGUUGGAGAGUCUGCAAGUGCUGACCAGGCCAGUGUUGAUCCCUUUAGGAAGUGCCUGGUCGAGAUUAUUGAAGAAUCGCAACUCCUCAUGGCCCAGAUGGUGUCACACGUGGAGUUGCCAUUCAUCAAACAAGAACACGAUGAAACUCCAAGCCCUCGGAUGUAUCCUGACGUGACGGUGAAAUUGGAUGCUGGACCGGCCGUCAAGGAAGAAGAUGGUGGGAGUCUGGGCACUGAUAUGAUGAAUAUUGCCCUGAAAACUGAAGUGGACGAUGAUGGUCCAUAUCUGAAGAUUGAAGGGAUCAGUGAGAGGCCAGAGGAGCUGGAAGAUUCCCAUGAAUGUCUGGCCGCCUCAGACCAGAACUUCAUCGAGGUGGAGUUAUCGGAGGAGGACAAUUGUCAAGGUGCAGCAGAGGAAGAAAAAGAAACAGAACUUCUGUGCGAGGACUGCGGGAAGGGCAGUUGCUUGGAAAUAAAGACAGACAAAGCGGAAUGUACAAGCAACAAGACCCCGCAAGCCUGCAAGCAGUGCGGGAAGGUACUUGAAGGCAUCGCAUUGUGCACGGCAGUGGCCACCGAUGGGAGGAAGCACGUGUGCAAGGAGUGUGAGAAGGGGUUUACAUCGCGUUUUAGUUUAGAGACGCACAUGAGAACACACACCGGUGAGAAGCCGCACGUGUGCCACGAGUGUGGGAAGAGGUUUACAAAGCGUUCCACCUUAACCACGCACGCUAUCUCACACACGGGCGAGUGGCCGCACGUUUGCAAGGAGUGUGGAAAGGGCUUUGCACAACGUUCUGAUUUAGAGAAACAUGCAAGAACACACACCGGCGAGAAGCCGCACGUGUGCCAUGAGUGUGGGAAGGGGUUUUCAACGUGUUAUUCUUUAACCACGCACGCUAUCUCGCACACGGGCGAGUGGCCGCAUGUGUGCACAGCGUGUGGAAAGGGAUUCGUACAGUGUUCCGAUUUAGAGGAGCACACCAAAACGCACACGGGCGAGAAGCCGCACGCCUGCCACGAGUGUGGGAAGGGGUUUUCACGGCGUUCUACGUUAAAGGCACACACUAGAACACACACCGGUGAAAAGCUGCACGUGUGCAACCAGUGUGGAAAGGGGUUUUCAAAGCGCUCUACCUUAACGACACACUCUAUCUCACACACGGGGGAGUGGCCGCACGUGUGCACGGAGUGUGGAAAGGGAUUCGUACAGUGUUCCGAUUUAGAGAAGCACUCAAGAACGCACACGGGCGAGAAGCCGCACGUCUGCAACGAGUGCGGGAAGGGCUUUGCGCGAAGUUCUACGUUAAAGGAGCACGUUAGAACACACACGGGGGAGAAGCUGCACGUGUGCAAGGAGUGUGGGAAGGGGUUUUCAAAGCGCUGCACCUUAACGACGCACUCUAUAUCUCACACGGGCAAGUGGCCGCACGUGUGCAAGGAGUGUAAAAAGGGCUUUGCACAACUCUCCGAUUUAGAGAAACACGCGAGAACACACACGGGCGAGAAGCCGCACAUGUGCAACGAGUGCGGGAAGGGGUUCGCAACGUACUACACGUUAAACACGCACUCCAUAUCGCACACGGGCGAGUGGCCGCACGUGUGCACUGAGUGCGGAAAGGGAUUUGUACAACGUUCCGAUUUAGAGAAACACACAAGAACGCACACCGGCGAGAAGCCGCACGUAUGUAACGAGUGCGGGAAGGGGUUUUCACAACGUUCCGAUUUAGAGAACCACGCAAGGACACACACCGAUGAGAAGCCGUAUGUUUGCAACGAGUGCGGAAAGGGUUUUGCAAAGUUGUAUACUUUAACCACGCACGCCAUAUCGCACACGGGCGAGUGGCCGCACAAGUGCACGGAGUGCGGAAAGGGAUUUACGCAGCGUUCCGAUUUGGAGAAACACACAAGAACGCACACCGGCGAGAAGCCGCACUCGUGCCAGCAAUGCGGGAAGAGCUUUGCGCAGCGUUCAAAUUUGGAGGCACACGCGAGAACGCACACGGGUGAGAAGCCCCAUGUGUGCAAGGAGUGCGGGAAGGGGUUUUCCCAUCGUUACAAUUUAGAGAAACACACUAGAACACACGAUGUGGAGUGAAAACUCAAAUCUGAGUAUUGUCCCUUUUUGAAAGCAACGGUGAAUAAUAUUGUUUAUGCAAUGCUAUUGUCCUACCAUGUACGUGGGUAAUGUGAAUGAGAAAAUUAAGACAAGCCACCGUGUAAUUGAGACCAACCCAAACUAGUAAACCACUGUAGUCUGGGCUUCUUUAAUGGAGAAACAGCAAAACUACGCAAACUCUCUGCUGAAGCCCUCACGUGGCAUUUGUCAUGCAGCUUCUGAAUAUACUAUCAUACUAGAGUUGAAGUUUUCGUGACUGCAAGGAUCCAUACUCUUUGGUUCUUUCGGUAGAGUCACGUAGGUGAAAAAAUAUAAAAUAGAAAUAAAUCACGACGUUUCGAUUGCAACACAAGCAAUCAUCAUCAGGUGUGGCAACCACAGCAAUAUUUUUUUUUACUGAAGUGGGAGAGAUGCCGGAGUUAAGGGGGUUUUUAUAAGUCCCCAAUCAAAACGUCGUGAUUUAUUUUUAUUUGGUAUUUUUAAUUUUAUUUUUUCACCUACGUGACUUUACCGAAAGAACCAAAGAGUAUACUACCAUAAGCAAGAAUAUAAUUGGUACAUAGAUGCAGAGACAUUUACUGGUCCACUCAUUUUUACCGGUCCACGCACUUUUUUUGGAAGGAUAGUGUUUUGAUAUACAGAAGCAUUCUGCGUUCGGCUAGAUCAGCCUACUAUUCAAAUUGUAUAAAUGACUCAAUAAUCCUCGAUUUUAUUGAAGUAUAUCGCUAAUUUAACUUUAACUAUCUUCACCUCCCGUGUUGAAUUAUUUUUUUUAGCUGUGAUAAUUUCAUGAAUCAUUUUAAUAAAAAAUAAAAUACUGAUCUGGAGAGCACAAAAAGCCAUUUUUCGUCGUGCUGAACGUACAUGGAGGAAGUCUGGUCUCACCAUACAUCGCUAGAUUUUUUAAAGGACAGCUACACGCCUAUUUCUUCAACAUUUCAACCCUAUAUUGCUAGUCGCAUUCCAGCAAGUAAGGAUAAUGCACGAACCUUAUUCUCUACCAUCAAUCAUCUUCUGCAUAAGGACAACAAUUGUAAUUCUCCUUCCACAGACAUCUGUACUUCUAUUCAACAGUCGCUUGAGGUUAAAAAUUUCCACUAUCUGCUCCCAAUUAAUAUAUAUUCCCCCUCAUUGCCCUUCCAUUAGAUUGACCCCCAUCCUGGUUUAAUGGCAUUUCCUCGACCAAGUUCCCCACUAUUACAACUGCCGAACUCGCCUCUGAUUGUUGGUUGUCCCACCUGAUGACGGACGCUUGUGUUGCACCCGAAACGUCGUGAUUUAAUUUAUUUAGUUUUAUACCUACGUGACUUUACCGAAAUAACCAAAGAGUAUGGUUGUCGACCAACCUAUUGUCCACUGGAUCCAUUCCCUUCCAGACCGCUAUGGGGGAUAGCUUUUUCACAUUGGUGUAUCCUUUGUUCUUGUUCUUAGCCUUUUCAGCAUGUCCUUUGAGACUGGUGUAGUUCCAAGCAUUUUUAAAAUGGCGGCAGUCACCCCACUUUUUUUAAAGACUAAGGUCUUGACCCAAAGAUUACAAAAAAAGAAACAUGUCCAAUCUCCGAACUUCCUUGUCUAAGAUUUUGGAAUGUGCUGUGGUUUCUCGAUUCCGUCAGCGUCUAGCUAUGUACAACUUAUCCGACCCCUUUCAAUCGGGGUUUCAGUACUGUGCACAACAUUUGAGACGGCUCUCGUGAGGGUGACCAACGAUUUAUUGCUGCAAGCGGACAGGGGGCAAGCAAGUGUUCUUGUCCUGAUAGAGCUCAGUGCUUCGUUUGACAUCAUUGACCAUUCGGUCCUUCUUGAACGACUCCAACACUCAGUACGGAUUUCUGGUCUUGCAUUACAAUGAUUUCGCUAUAUGCAGGAUCGCGUACAUUAUGCUACUGGUUCAAUGCGGUGUUCCACAAGAAUCAGUACUUGGCCGCCCUCUAUUCAUUACCUAUAUGGCACCUAUGGACACGCCGCCAUGACACCCGGCAUUGUCAUAUUACUGCUAUGCUGGUGACACCUCAUUCAUGUCCGCAUAGGUUCCGAUUGUGCGAGGACAGUCUAUUCAUUCAAUCUUCCCUAUAAUUCCCAUACCUCGACCCUCCUAACGCAACUGCACUGGCUCCAUGUGUACUAUGUUCAAAUUCCCCAUGCUGGUCUACACAUCCCUUCAUGUCCUUGCCACGCUUGUAUAUUUCUACGUGCCUUCUCGCGCUUUUUCUAUUCUUGGCCCCCCUUCACUCGAACAAACUUCCCGUCCACAUUAAACAGUCACGUUCGCUCUGCACUCAAAACUCACUUAUUUUCCCCGAGCUCACCCCACGACCCCUUAAUCUCCCCCCACUGUUACUUUUCUCACUUCAUAUUCUCACCCAUUCAAUCCAUCAUCAUUGAAUGUCAUAAAUUUUCCUUUCACCGAAUUCACACAUCACAGAUUUGCCCAUUGCUUCCUCUCAUCUAUUUCAUUCACUAAAUCUCCACCAUUACAUUCAUAUGUACCAUUGUUAAUUCUUUGUAAAGCACUCCACAAUCGCAAAAAAUUCCUCCCUGCCUCAUUCUACUUUACAGUCAGGCCACGCUCAAAGCACAGUGAAGACGCCACACUCCCAUUACAUUCAUAUGUACCAUUGUUAAUUCUUUGUAAAGCACUCCACAAUCACAAAAAAAUGCCUCCCUGCCUCAUUCUACUUUACUGUCAGGCCACGCUCAAAGCACAGUGAAGACGCCACACUCCCAUUACUUUGUGUGAAACACGAAGUAGCGAUGCUUCAUAGUCUCGAGCGAGGUUCGUUCAGACAAUAUGCUUCGGUAAAUAGGCCAAUUCCAUACCCGUGCCACACAAGCCUCAACCGUGUCUCGUGGACGGGUACGGGCAGGUGAUGAACAGCACACCAAAGGGUUCUGCACCUAGUCUUUGAGAACUUCUUUCGCACCGUACGGAGCCAACCAUGCUCAUCGUAGGUGCGUCUGCCCAAAAAAUGUCGAGCACCCAAUUGAUUUUUUAUAGGGAGUCCAGGCUUGGGAUUGUGUGAGCUGAUGUCUCAUACCUUGAUCAUUAACUCAAUGAUGAAGGGGAUUAAGUGAAAACCUGGUCUCCGUUGGGGAAUGAAAUGGAGGGGAAUAUUUUUGUUCUACCGAGGCUGCAAAAUGUGUAUAUUCUACUUUUAAUGAUGACAUUGUUGCCAUUGUCAAUGUUCGGUCGCCAGAGUAAUGACAUUUGUUGUGUUUUACCACGUGACAGGGAAGACCACGUGAAAGUAUUCAUCGUCCCCAUUUUGAUAAUAACGGACACACGAGGAACUUGGAGAUGAACCUUGCUUCAGCUUCAUCAUUCAUUCAGUACAAGUCCCCCACUGGCCUUUCUGCCACCCCAGCUCACGUGUUCUUCCCACACCCUGGAAACCUCGACACGGUAAUGCGCUGGGCCACCUGCGUUUAAAAGCCAGGUGGGAGAGGGGGCUCGGGGUGGAUGCCAAUCAAUUACAGGCAGACCUCGCAUAGCGCGACCCUGUAAAACAUCAAUUCAUAAGUCCUGGAGAAAUUAUUCACGAAAAAAUGUAUAAACUCAAAUACUGUAAUCUAAAAAGUGCUUAAGAGUGAGAACACGCAGCAGCGCUGGCCGAGGAAACGUACCCUGGCCAUUAAUUCGCUCAGCCAAUAAAAGCGACGCACGCUCUGAGACAAUCGGCACCACCCCGCGAUUCGAUUAUCACGAUUCAUAGUCACGAUUAUAUAAAUACACGUAUAAAAAUCCAAUGUUAGUACGGUACAUUUAGCCUAGUGAGAACUCACGAGGCUAUGAUAGAGUCUCAGGCUCCGUCUAAAAGAAACCUCACAGAAAUAGAGUUCUAAAUUUGAAGCUUUCGUGACUGCAAAGAUUCAUACUCUUAUGUUUUUUCGGUAAAGUCACGUAGGUAAAAUAAC